UCGAUACUAAACCGCAUCAGUAAUGGCAUCGCAUCUUUGAUAAUCUGCAUCACUCAUCAUCAGAGAGGAAAUCGUUCGGGAUGUAAUUGCAAUCGCAUUUAGUUAUGUUUCGUGUUAAUUAUAACCGACACGAACUCUUCACGCUUAAAAUUCGCAAUAAUAAUAACGAUAAUAAUGAAAAUAACUUAAAUCUUCGCCAUCUUUUUUUUCGUGUGUGUGUGUGUGUCUGUGUGUAUAUAUAAAUGUGUAGACUGAAUUGUUAAAAUUCAACUUGUUUCUUCAUUUGGGCGAAGGCUAACUAUGUUAGUUGGAAUCUAUAUGUCACUUGUUAAAGAAAUUUUAAGAAAAAUCCAUCCCUUCCAAAAAUGGGAGAUAAAUUCCUUAGUAGCGUAGAUGGAGCGGAUGGUAUCUCUUCGAACGAGUCUGGAAUCUACCCUCCACCCAAAAACGCAUUUUGCGGAACUCCCGGCUCGUCUUGCCAAGCUCUGAAGCACGCGGUGGCAGCUCUAAGUAGAUUAGAUGAUUUCACCUGCGAGAAAAUUGGAUCCGGAUUCUUCUCCGAAGUAUUUAAGGUCCGCCAUCGCACGACGGGUCAAGUGAUGGUUUUGAAAAUGAACAUGUCGCACAGCAAUAGAUCGAACAUGCUGAGAGAAGUGCAACUGAUGAAUAGAUUAUCUCAUCCGAACAUACUCAGGUUUAUGGGUGUAUGUGUUCACGAAGGACAAUUGCAUGCAUUGACUGAAUAUAUAAAUGGCGGAAGUUUGGAACAGCUGAUACUAAAUAAGAAAGAAGACUUAUCGUGGUCGGCUAGAAUUAAAAUUUCUCUAGAUAUCGCCAGAGGAAUGUGCUAUUUACAUUCGAGAGGUGUGUUUCACAGAGAUUUAACUUCUAAGAACGUCCUCGUGAAGAAAGGUGACGAGUACACUGCCGUCAUCGGAGAUUUUGGACUGGCCGAGAAGAUUCCCGAUUCAAGGCAGAAGAAUCGCAGACUCGCUAUCGUCGGCUCGCCAUACUGGAUGGCUCCCGAAUGCCUGCAUGGCCAGUGGUACAAUGAGAUGGCUGAUAUAUUUUCUUAUGGUAUAAUUUUAUGCGAGAUGAUAGCAAGAAUAGAAGCAGAUCCGGAUAUUCUACCCAGAACCGAGAAUUUUGGUGUGGAUUACGUAGCAUUUAGUUUACUUUGUCCAAAUUGCCCAUUCAAGUAUCUCAGGUUGGCCUUUAGUUGUUGUGCGAUUGACCCUAAAAACCGUCCACCUUUUAAAGAAAUUGUCCAGCAACUAGAAGCGCUAUUAGUCGAUGCUAACUGUUCCUUGCAAGAAGAAAAAGUGCUUUCUUGUUAUGAUGAUUCGGAUAGUAUCGACAACGUUCAGGCCAUCUUUUCACAUUGGCAUCCCAGAUCUGAAGAGAUGGCCACGAUGGAAUGUGACAGUGCCAGUUCCGUUAAGAGUAAAAAUAGGAGAAGUUUAGAUGAGUCUCAAGUUCCUUUUACUGCUAAACGUAUAGGGGAAUUUAUGUCCCGCCAAGAUCCAGACUACAAGCCUUUUAGUAGCAACCAGAAUCCUUUUGCUUCUCUCAUCUGUUUUAAUGGAGGGAAAAAGAUACUACAAGUCUCCAAUAGAGGAAGUGGAAGUGAUUAUUCUCUGUCUUGCUCUUUUGAGCUUCCGUCUCCUUCUUGUGCCUUUACACCCCCUGGCACUCCUGUCACUCCCGACGAAUUGAUGUCAUCUUCGGGCAGUCAUUGCCGUAUGUCCUCACGUUCUCUUCCUGCGUCUCCCACGCUGUUAAGAAAGACAUUGGUACGGAUGCACAGUGCCCGUUCAGACAUAUCAAGCGAUCCCAUCUUAGUAUUUCCUCACCUGGUCUCUCCGGAGCCGCCGUCUUCGAUAUCUUCUCUUUCGCCAACAGAAACCGAAGAUAAUCCAUUUAUAUCUUCCAUUCAGUCCAAAACGAAUGUAAAUCAUUUGUGUUCCUCAGAAAAUGGUGUAGAAAAUAAGGGAUCUCCAAGUGCCAAAACCUGUUGCUCAAAAUGUAACAUUAAAAAUGCACAUGGCAACAGUGGGACGUGCGAUGGCAGUCACAGAUGUAAUCACGAUGAUAAUUUAAUCGACUGGUCUGUGGAAGCACCCAAAAAGACCGAGCGCUUUCUCGUACCUCCAGAAAUCUCUAGUCAUGUCAUCAGAAGAAAACGUCCUUCUUCGUAUCAUUCUGACGAUUCCGGCUGCUGUUGCAGUAACUUGACAGUUCCCUCCUCCGGCAUUAGGGAUCCAGAAUGUAAAAUUAAAAUAGAUGGUGCUGCAGUUAUUGUAAAUAGAACCGAACAAGAAUUAGAUAGAGACGAUUCGAUAUCAGACGAUAUUAAUACAUUUCAGUCCAAAGUGUCUAGUCUUCAAGAACAUAACGUUAUCUUGUCGGACAAAGAUAAUUCUUCCUUGACAAAGGCACCGGAUAACUGCACAUUUAAUAGUGGCCUUAACCAGACAGCCAAAAUCAACAGGAUGAUAAAGUAAGUAUCUACUUUUUUUUUUCCGCCACUCAGACAGACAAGUACGGCCGAGUUUGCCGCUCGGUCGUUCCGGACAACUCUCUAAAAAAAAAAUAAUUUCAAAUUACACAAGAUUCAUUUAUUCAAGAAAUUGCCGUCGUCGAUCAUUCUCGAGUCUGUCCCGAAACACCAAAGAUUCCUAUUUAGUAGCUUGUACGACUAUCAAUUACUUCCCAACGACAAGAAGUAAGUUUCACGUCCUGUGAUAUUUAAAAAAAACUCUUUAAGAGGAACAAAAUCUUCAGCCCGAAUCGUUUAUCAUGCAAGUAGCUACAUUUAUUAAUUUUAAUUUUAUUUACAAAGGUUGUGAGUUUACAAGUCAUACAUAGUUUGUACGCUUAUACAGUAAAUAAUCUUACUAAUAUUUACUCUAAAUUAUUUAUGACCAUUCUGCAUUUCCGACGUAAACAGUAAGAAUCUGUAUUUCGACCCGUCAUUUCUCGUUAUUUUAAAUAAUAAAUGUCAUGCCACAAUCACGGGAUAAAAAGCCGUCAGUCGAUCACCUUGCGCAAAUUUAAAACAAGAAUACUUAAAAGCCAUUCUGGUAGUUAGUUACGUACUUACUGCACAAUUAAAACCUUUUUUUGUUGUUUUAUGAGCGUUUACGGUUCGCUCGUUAAGUUUUCAGCUGCUAAUUAUUAUUAUUAUUAUUUUCUUUUUAAUUAUUUAAUACGUGAUUUGUUAGUUUCCGUUGACCUUAAAGGAGGUCGCCAAUGCUGCGGCGUCUUUCUUUUUAAAACUAUUUUAGAAAUUCAAAUAUAUAUGUAAGCAUAGUCUGGAAAUAUGGGUAUUGUACAAAAAGUUAAUAUGUUUACUAGUAUGGGAUAACAAUGCAGUUUUAUAUUAUUUGUAUAAUAAAAUGAAAGCAAAAAUCAGACUGUUAAAAUAAACAAUUUUAUUGUUAAAUAAAUAAAAUUCAAAUUUUAA